GUGCCACUUUCAGGUCUCCUCACACUGCUGGUGUGUUCCAUUUUUUAUCAUAGGGUGCUGGCAGAUUACGGGCCUCCCAUUGCUGCUGCCAGGCCCGUAAUCUGCCAUGGGCCCCUGUACCGCCUCUUCAUGCUGCUGCCAGGUCCAGAGUCUCUCAUGGGUCCCUGUACGGCCUCCCAUUGCUGCUGUCUCCAUCGCCACACUCUGCCAUGUGCCACUUUCAGGUCUCCUCACACUCCUGCUGGUUUCCAUUUUGUCAUAGGUUGCUGUAUGGCCUCCCAUUGCUGCUGCCUCCACCGCCACACUGUGGCUCCAAACACUGGUUUUGGCCCCGUGACUGGCCAAAUGAGUGAAGUGUGCGGUGAUUCUAAGAUCGACGGCACUCAUCUGCAUGUCAUACUG